UUUCUUAGAAUGUAGUGUUUUGUUUUUCGUUGUGUAUGUGGACAAAAAUGUGAGCUCUCUGCUCUCUUGAUUAAAGUACAAAAGAUUGUUAUUUACAAUAAUUUACAGUCCAUAUACAUUUUUAAACGUCAUCCUUCUGUACAUUUCGUUUUUAGUUGUUAAUCAGUUUUUUUUUUUUUUAAUUAAGACAUUUUUUAUUUACCUACUUGCCUUUACAACACUGCAUAUUGUUUCCAUUUGUAAUAAUGUCUUAUUGUUUAAACACAAAUGUCAUGGAUGUGGGUGUGAUGCCGUCACAGUUUUUAAAUGUUGUUAUUGACGACACACAGACUGGUUCUAAUUACAACAGAAAAAAUCAUCCGGUCAUGACCAUGGCGUCGAUUUCUAAAUCCGUGAAACGAGCAUUAGAGUCUGAAACUACGAUUACUCCCAUUUACGAAAAUUUCAAGCAAGCCAAAUUUGUAAAUGUCAAUUCGGGACAUGUAGGAAGAGAUUUGGCUAAUAAUUUUCCAAUUAAACUGCCAGCCACGUUAUUAGCGGAGUGCACUGUAGAAAUAUCAAAUAUACCAACCAAAAAUACAAAGCCGUUGUCCGAAAGCAAUUUGAUUACUAAGAAAAGUAGUCCACCAGUCGAUAAAAAAAUUGGAAAUCAGUCGAAAGGUUCAGAAAAAGAAUUAUCGGAUGCAGAUAUUCAAGAUAUGAUCACCCGCGUUGAAGCCGUAUAUUCAGAUGACGAAGACACAUCAAAACAGUUGGAACCCGAAAUCGAGGUCCAACAACCUGAAAAUGUGUUUCCGUUUUCUUGUGAAUAUUGUCCCAACAAAUUCAGCAACAGAGGUGCUCUCUGGCAACACACAGUAGCUACUCAUUCCAUCGAGAAAACGUGUGAAUGCAAUUUGUGCGGACGUAAAUUCUACCGUAACUGUAGUCUUGCGCUACACAUGAAAAGCCAUUCGGAUGAAUACAACUGCGCUUGUUCAAUUUGUGGUAGGGAAUUUAAUCGGUUUACGUUAUUACAGCGUCAUGCCAAGUUGCAUUCAGAAGUGGCUCAUUUUAAGUGCACUGCGUGUAACAAGUCGUUCGAAGACUUGAACACCUUACAACUGCAUGCUGCCGAACACAAAGACAAGUUAGCUUGCGAACAGUGUGAGGCCGUGUUCACUACUAAAGAGUCGUUGGACAUACACACAGAAGCAAUGCAUGGCGAUCAUCAGGAUGAUGUAAUUCAGGUUAGAAUGCACGGAGGAGAGAAAACAUACGCCUGUCGUUUUUGCGGCAAAACUUACGGGGCCAAAGCGAUUGUCAAAAAGCACGAACUCAUACAUACUGGUGAACGACUGAAAUGCGACGAAUGUGGAAUUGAGUUUACUCAGAAAUCAUCACUUAUGCGACACACAAAACGUAUACAUCCCACUGCCAACUCGUAAGCAAUACAUCAUUAGGUUAAACCACAAAUUCCAUUACACAAGAGCUGAUAGACUAAUAAUAUUACAUAUUUUUUAUUACUCCCUAGUUUUAAGAACGCAAUGAAGCAUCAUUUAUGUACAACUCUGAAGGACUUCAAGUUAAAUCCUUGGUAAAUGUAAUUGACCAAAGUUUUCUAGAUAGUCAAAUUAUUUAGUUUAAUUUCGAAUCGAGUAGUAGUUUCUCGAUAAACUGCAAACAAAGCCUAAGUUUGAAAACAAAAUGACUGCGGGAUAGGUCUCUAAUUAAUAUUAUAUAUUAUGGGUAUAAAUAGGUACAUGUAAAUAUAAUAAUAUACUUAAAGUGAUUCUAUGUACUCCAAAAGACUUCUAAAUUGCCUUUCCAUGACAAACUAUAAUAAUAUAUAUAUAUUUUAAUUUUAAUUGAGAGUAGGAACAAUUUUUUUUAAAAAUAUUUUUUUGUUAUUUGUUAAUGUUAUAAUAUUUUAUAUACAUAUAUACUUGAAUAUAGAGCUCUUGAUUUUUAACAGGUAAUACUUAUAACAUUAUAUACUUGGGUACAAGAUUUUUUGGGUACCUGAAAUUCUUGUACCCAAGUAUCAAGAGUUCUACUUAUAUACUUUCAUAAUGCCCAGGGUCAAUUAUAGCUGUGAUAUGUAAGGACAGGUGCUGGAAAUGGGUAUUAAUCUUAAACACUAAGAUUACAAUUACACGUGCUCUAUGCCCAAAUCCAUUAUACUACAAUAUUUACUUUCAUUUAUUCUCCUUCUGUGAUAAUUCUAGAAACUGACAUUUUUUACAACACUGUAACAAAUACUUUUCUAUAAAUACUGAAACACACGAUAAACACGCUUAAUUAUAAUAUUUUUAUUAUAAUUAUUGGUAAAUACAUCAAGUAUGUGUAAAUAUAAGUAUUGAUAUAUUUUUUAAAUUUUAUCCUCAAAGUCUGUUAUAGUGCAAUUACUUUUUAGCAUAAGAAUUAUAUAUUAUAUUCAUAUAUAGCCCACAUUGUAGAAUAAAUAUUAAUUAAAAAAUAU